AUGAGGUGUUUCCAGCUUCCCAGCGCCUCGCACGCCGGGGGACAGCUCAUUCCCGUGUACUUAGCCCCUCACCUCCUGGUGUGCUCCAUGGCCUCCCCUGAACUGCUGGACCCUGGCCUAGGAGCGGGGGAAAUGGGCAGCAACCGCUGGGGGUCGGGCAGGGAGUGUCGUGGGGCACGAGGAGAGACCCCGUGUUCCCCCAGCGGUGGAGAACCGGGGGUCCACGAGAUUCAGCCCGGGCAUCCUGCACUGAUCCCGGGUGGUGCCAGUGAUUCGGAGGGGCUCAUGUCGGGGCACCGAGCUCCGGGCGCUGGCGCAGGGCGGGAAGCCAGGGGCGGGGCGGGGCCAAGGCGGGGAAGGGUCCGCACAAACCCUCCGGGAUGGGUGGAAGGGGAGGGGCCAGAGACUUCUCGGAAAGCACAGCAGCCAGGCCUGGACGGUCUCGGAGGCGGGGAGGGCCGGGCUGGGACUCGGGGACCCAGUGUGCUGGCGGACGGUGCAAGUCGUCGGGCUCCGAGCCGUCCUGAGCGAUGCCAGAGCGGGGGGACCCUCCUGGCGGAGACGGGAGGACCCUCCCCAGGGACUGGGGGCAGCUCCGACUUUGCGCAGCGCCUUUGGCGGCUCUCAAAGGGGGAGACAGGAACCCGGGCGCCCCCUCCCUCCCACGGGCAGCUGGCGCCUGAGUCACAGCAGCCUCUGGGAGACAAAGGCAGCAAGGGCCCUCCCCCUGGACCCCCUCCUGGCUCUAGCACUUUUCGCUCUCAGUGCGGCGUUGCCGCCAUGCUCGUGCUGGCCGGCAUCGCGGUGCGCCUGGGCCUGGAGAGGGCGCACAGCCCGCGCGCGCGGCGCACUGUGACCAGGACACUGACGGAACUUCUGAAGCAGCCGAGCCCCCAGGAGCCACUGCCCCCACCCCUGGGCCCGCCUCUGGGCAGCUGUGUCCAGGUGCAGGUGGGUGAGAGCCUCUCUCGGGGAUCCCCCCACAACAGCACAGACAAGAAGCGCCUCAACAACGCGCCGCUGGGGUUGGCGACACCGGGGCCCCCACGCGGCCCCCGACUGCAGAGUGGUGGCACCAUGACACUGCAGCCAGACUACGCCAAAUACGCCACGCUUAAGGCCACUGCGCUCAAGGUCGCAGAGAGCGCCCCCCAGGAAUUCUACCAGCGUUUCCCUGCCCCGGAACCGGUGCCGCUGACCCUUCCGGCCAGGGCCCCUCGGCCCCCGGAGGACUUGCCUGCGCUGCUCGACGCCUGCCCCUGGGCGCCCCCGGGCUACGCACCUCCCGCCGGGCCCGCCUCCCUGGGCCACUACAAGGCCUGGACCGCGGGCCGCCCUGCCCGGCCCUCUGCACGCGGGCACCUGGCGGCCCAGGCCUCCCCGGCUGCCCGACGGCCCGGCCACGUGCCCCGCCGCCAGUUCAGCGUGGAGAAGCUGCCCGAGGCUUUCACCGCGCAGCCCCCCAGCCUCUACGGAAGCGCAGGCCGCGGGCCACGGCACCUGAGCACCAACAGCAAAGCCGAGGUCACCGUGUGA